CCAGAACGAGAGCAGUAAACAACAGAGGAGCUCUGUGGAAUCCGUUGUCGUUCGAAACGGACCGGAUAGGUGGGACCGGAGACUGAGGGAAAGAAGGGAUUCACGGCACUGCACCGGGACCACCGAGGAACCAGCUGGAAUCCGCUUUUAAACGGCAGAACGGUUCCGUUCGUCUGCGGAACAAGAGCCACCAGCAGCGGACGUUCGCUGGUGAGGCACGCGGAGGGACCGCAGGACGGGUCUACUGGCUCCGAGCUGCAGUCUGUGGACUAUUGUACCGCCUGGACACGUGAACCAGCUGGUGGCCGUGCGUUAGGUUCACCGUAGGUGACCCCCACCCCUCCGCCAAAAUCCGGCUGUUAGAUGUGACCACGAGGUUGAUCAGGAGAAGCCACCAUGUCUUAAGCGCAGACGGGCCCUCAGGAGCCCUCCCCCGCUACCCUGGACCGCCCUCCACCUCCCCCAUCCACCACCUCACCUCUUCCCCCAGCCCCAUCCCGCUCCCACACCUCCCUGCACAUGCAAGGGACAGGCUCCCCAGCCCCGGCUCCCCGCUGGCACACCCCUCCCCUCCCCCCCUAGAGAUGAGCCUGCAGAAGCACCAGCAGUUGGGCGGCAGCGGUGGGGUGAUGGGCUCCGACCGGGACCUGCAGUCCACCGCGUCCUCCAUCUCCCUGCCCUCUGUGAAAAAGGCCCCGAAGAAGAGGCGCCUCUCCCUGGCCUCUCUUUUCAGACGACGAGGCCGGGAGUCCAAAUCCGCGCGCCAAAGGUCCAGAGAGCUCCAGCACCCGGGACCCUUGGGGCUCGGAGGGGUGGAUGGCAUCGCUAUCAUUGAGAGCAUCCACUCUGAGAUGUGUAACGACAAGAACUCUGCCUCCUUCUCUGUGGCUGGGACCGAAGAUGCCCCUGCUGCUGCUGCCGCCUCCACCUCAUCUGCCGUGGGGCCUUCCACCACCAUCAAGGUGGGGGGUGGGGUGGGGGCAGAGGUGCUGGAGUGCCCGCUGUGCCUUCUGCGCCACACCAGGGAGAGCUUCCCGGACAUCAUGACCUGUCACCACCGCUCCUGCAUCGACUGCCUGCGCCAGUAUCUGCGCAUUGAGAUCUCUGAGUCACGCGUGAACAUCAGCUGCCCCGAGUGCUCGGAGCGCUUCAACCCGCACGACAUCCGCAUGAUCCUGGGCGACCGGGCGCUCAUGGAGAAAUACGAGGAGUUCAUGCUGAGGAGGUGGCUCGUGGCCGAUCCCGACUGCCGCUGGUGCCCUGCGCCGGACUGUGGGUACGCCGUGAUUGCUUUCGGGUGCGCCAGCUGUCCCAAGAUCACGUGCGGCCGGGAGGGCUGCGGCACAGAGUUCUGUUACCACUGCAAGCAGCUGUGGCACCCCAACCAGACGUGUGACGCGGCGCGGCAGCAGAGAGCCCAGAGCCUCCGCCUGAGGGCGGUCCGCUCGUCCUCCCUCAGCUACAGCCAGGAGAGCGGCACUGCAGCUGACGACAUUAAGCCCUGUCCCCGCUGUGCCGCUUACAUCAUCAAGAUGAACGACGGCAGCUGUAACCACAUGACUUGCGCCGUCUGUGGCUGUGAGUUUUGCUGGCUCUGUAUGAAGGAGAUCUCGGAUCUGCACUACCUGAGUCCGUCCGGCUGUACUUUCUGGGGGAAGAAGCCGUGGAGCAGGAAGAAAAAGAUUCUCUGGCAACUGGGAACUCUUGUGGGCGCCCCCGUCGGCAUUGCACUCAUUGCGGGCAUCGCCAUCCCCGCCAUGAUCAUCGGCAUCCCUGUCUAUGUUGGGAGGAAGAUCCACAACCGCUACGAGGGCAAAGAUAUCUCCAACCACAAGAGGAACCUGGUGAUCGCUGGAGGAGUGACCCUCUCUGUCAUUGUGUCUCCGGUGGUGGCUGCGGUCACUGUCGGCAUCGGAGUUCCCAUCAUGCUGGCUUACGUCUACGGCGUGGUGCCCAUCUCGCUGUGCCGUAGCGGAGGCUGCGGCGUCUCAGCCGGGAACGGCAAAGGGGUUCGCAUAGAAUUCGACGACGAGAAUGACAUAAAUGUCGGCAGCGGGGCAGCUGCCACCGAUACUACGUCAGCGGCCGGCACCAGGAACAACCCCAGCAUAGGCGAAGGCAGCGUCGGGGGGCUGACGGGUAGCCUGAGUGCCAGCGGCAGCCACAUGGACCGCCUGGGGGCCAUUAGGGACAACCUGAGCGAGACGGCGUCCACCACGGCCCUGGCCGGGGCCAGCAUCACCGGCAGCCUCUCCGGCAGUGCCAUGGUCAACUACCUAAACAGGCUGGAAGUGCAGGCCGAUGUGCUGAAGGAGCGCUGCAGUCUGAGCGGCGAGUCUGGCACCGUUAGCCUGGGCACGAUCAGCGACAAUGCUAGCACCAAAGCAAUGGCUGGAUCCAUUCUUAACGCCUACAUGCCCCUCGACAGAGAUGGGAACAGUAUGGAAGUCCAGGUUGACAUUGAAUCCAAACCCGGCAAACUGCGGCACCACAGCGGCAGCAGCAGCGUGGACGACGGUGCCCACGCGGGCCGCUGCGGCUGGACCUGCCCCUCUAGCGGCUGCGCUUCCUCAGAAGGCAGAGGCGCCUCCGCCAAGUGGGCCAAAGAGGCGUCCUGCUCCUCCUCGUGCAGCUCGGGGGGCAAAAAGAGCAAAGGCAAGCUGCGCAAGAAAGGCGGUGGCACCAAGAUCAACGAGACGCGCGAGGACAUGGACGCCCAGCUGCUGGAGCAGCGCAGCACCAACUCCUCGGAGUUCGACUCCCCGUCGCUGAGCGGCAGCCUGCCGUCUGUGGCCGACUCCCACUCCAGCCACUUCUCCGAGUUCAGCUGCUCCGACCUGGAGAGCAUGAAGACGUCCUGUAGCCACGGCUCCGGCGGGGGCGACUACCACACGCGCUUCGCCACGGUCAGCCCGCUGCCCGAGGUGGAGAACGACCGCCUGGAGACCUGUCCCGGCUCAUCCUCGUCCUCCUUGCAGGGACACGGAGCCGCCGUCGCCCCCCACUCCCCCACCUCCUCCCUGGACCACAGCGCCGAGCUCUCCCCUCUCUGCUUCAUCACGGCGGACAUCAACCUGGUGUGCCCUGCUGAGCUGGACUCUCACAGCAACGCCAGAGAGCUGCUAAAAGAAACCAACAAGAACAACCACCACCACCACCCACACCCGACCCAAACCCAGCAGCAGCAGCAGCCCAAGAACUCCUGCAUACAGACGGACAUCUGAAAUCUCAAUACCUUAAGUGCUGCAGAGAUACUUUUAGUUACCGGCUUUUCCUCCACUGAACUAACGACCACAACCUUCAGUUUAACCUGCGUUUUCCUUUCUUCCCUGAAUACAACAGAGGUCCAGAGGGCUCACGGGAAGUAUUAAUAGGCAGCUUGUAUGAAGCUUUUAGGUCGUGGACGCUGGUGUUUCUCCCCAUGCGACCCGCCCGACACUUUACUUUUUCAUUAUUCUUUUGGCGGUCCACUCACUCGCCACUUGUAACGGGGACAAGCCGCUGAGUCGGUCGCUGUCAUCGAUCUGUGUGGCGUCCAAACGAAACCACUGUGCCGUUCUUUUGCUAGCAUUUGAUUUUCUGAGGGGGCAACACCAUGCGGGAAUCUUAAUGUUACAGCUUUCCAGAAGUGAACUCCAAACAGGGUCCAGGCAUUAUGAUUCUGUGUGUGUGUGUGUGUGUGUGUGUGUGUGUGUGUGUGUGUGUGUGUGUGUGUGUGUGUGUGUGUGUGUGUGUGUGUGUGUGUGUGUGUGUGUGUGUGUGUGUGUGUGUGUGUGUGUGUGUGUGUGUGUGUGUGUGUGUGUGUGUGUGUGUGUGUGUGUGUGUGUGUGUGUGUGUGUGUGUGUGUGUGUGUGUGUGUGUGUGUGUGUGUGUGUGUGUGUGUGUGUGUGUGUGUGUGUGUGUGUGUGUGUGUGUGUGUGUGUGUGUGUGUGUGUGUGUGUGUGUGUGUGUGUGUGUGUGUGUGUGUGUGUGUGUGUGUGUGUUCCGUGGAAGGCGUGUGAUGAUGUGUUUGGGGGCGAUUUAAGAGGGCGGUCUCUGGAAGGCCACGGUUUUCAAAGAUAAUGCUGAAAGUCAUUAUAUUAAGAAAUUAACCAAUGGGUUGGUUCAAUUCUGUGAAAUUGUAUAAAAGAAAAUGUUUUUGUCCUGUUCAAAGGUGAUUUAUUCAGGCUGAUGGCCUCACCGAGUAAGAGAGAGCUUUGAUAUCUUUCUUUGUUAACUCAUGGUGCCUUCAAGAAGCUGUUUGUGUUCUCUGCCUCUAUCUCUCGCUCUUUUUCUCUCUCUCUCUCUCUCUCCACUGUCUUCAAGACUCAUGAUAGGUUGAAGAACGUCUCGUCUGUGUAGGAGGGGCUCAUUCUCUCCCACCAUUCAUACUGUGGUAGACGCGGUAAAUGAAGACUUUUCAAUUGCCUACCAAAGACAGCACUCAGGCUCUUGUUAAAUCUUAUACCUUUUGAAUUGUCUCCUGUCAACACAGUAUAGCGUCCUUUUGUGCACGGCAGGGGGGGGGGCGAGCGAGGACCAGACCAGGACUCUACAGACACGCUACGCAAAUAGCCUGCGGCCUCCGAAUGGCCACAUGCACCGUUACCGGUGUUUCCUCUAACAUCGAUGUUCUGCAAUGCACAAAGUUUCAAUCGGGAUCCGCGUGCUGGUUCUGGUUCUGGGCGUCCCACCUUCCUGUUGAUUUGUUUCCCGUUGCUGCUGAGCAGGCUUUGCCGUCAAAGUCCGUGCUUGAAGCCCGUCUUCACUGCUCAGUGGUAGAAGGUCUUUGGUUCCUCCCCCACAUUAAAAUGUCGGGUGGUUGUUUUGGUCCCCUCCUCGGGUUCGGUUACUCAUCCUCCACCAAAUCUCCAGUUUCUUGAUCCUAACUAGUGCCAGAUAUCAUUUGUAAUUUGUGCAGAAUGGCAUAAGGUAUUUGUAUAUUUGUUUGGUAAUUUGCUUUACUAUAUGCAUAUCAGAAAAAUAAAGAAAAUCUAUAUGAAAUGUC